AGUAUGUCACAUUCGCGAAACAUAUUCCGGCAACAACAACGAACCGUGUGAAGGCGCAACUUCGCGUCACUGUUCCGCAUUGUGUUUUGGCGAAGCUGCCGCUACUACAGCCAAUACAGUAGUAUAUGGCACAAUAGAAGUGUUUAUUUGGUUGUAGAAUAGUUGCGUUUCGCGUACUGUAGCCUGCUCGCAAAAUGGUGUCCGAUUCCGAAUCGUCCGAUGACGACUGCAGCGAACCGUACGAGUGGUUCCUGCAUCGACUGUACCACAAAGACCACAAGAUCGUACCGAUACGGGAGACGCCAAAGAUAAUAGGCCGCGGCAAAGAUGCGAACUGCCAGUUUAAACCGGGCAAAUACUUCCUGGUGUCGCGAAACCACUGCAUGGUGCAGAUCGUCGAUGGGAAGCCUACCAUCACCGAUUGCCAUUCCCGACGAGGUACGUUUGUAAACGGCGACCGUAUCGACAAGUUCCAGCCGGGACGCAUCGAGCUUAAGGAGGGCGAUCUGGUGGGCAUCGCGCACAAGAACGAAGAAAUUCAGCAGUAUUUCAAAUUCCACGACGAGGUGCUCAGGUACCGGGUGUGCCGUACGAUCGGCAAGGACGAGGCAGUGGUCAUAUCCGACGACGAGCAAGAGGAAGAGGUCGAUGUAAAGUGUGCCAUAUUGCCCGAGCCCGACCUGGACAUCCCGUCCACGGCGUCUUCCAGCCAGUCGGAGGCGAGCCAAUCCGACACGGAGCCGGUAGAGAAUGGCUCGGAGCGGUCAGCGUCACCGCAGCCGGGUCCGUCCGGUUUGCAGCUGUCCGCGGUCGUUUCGAUACCGGAAGAGCUGAUGCGAAAAUCGAGCUUUGAAAGGCAGUACGACGAUAUGAUGCUAUGUGCCAGCAAGCUCAACCCGGACGGGUACGAAUCCGACACCGAGCCGGAGCCGUGCGUCGUGCAGCCGGUUGCCUACGACACGAGCGAUGUGAUCGUGCUGUCGGACGACGACGAGUACAUCGAUGUGCAGUACUCGCAGAUGGUGAUCGAGGAGGUGCAGCAGGAGCUGGAGGACGACGUCGAGCUGGUGGAGCUGCCCGACCUGGGCGAGGAGGAGGAAGAUACAAGCCUGUGGGCGCUGAAGCUGAAGCCGGACGUGGACGCUACGCGGCGGUACAAAAAACGAGCCAAAGAAGCGAAGGAAGAGAAGGAAGCCUCGAAGAGGGAAAGGCCCGAUGCUUUCGAAAAGCAAAACCACCACCACCACCACCACAAAAAGCAUAGAUCUAGCAGUAGCCGUUCGUCGGAGGAGGAAAACGUUGCCGUUCAACGGGAAGACGCGGGCAAGGAAAGCUCUCUCAAGGUGGUGCUGAAGCGCAACAGUACCGAUGCGAAGUGUGACGUCAUUGAGACGAAAACGGUGGACGCAAAGAAACCGUCCCGACACACGACCGAAAGCAGCAAGGAUUCGAAAAGGGACGCUGGGGAUGCGAAGAAACUGCACCGGCGUACGACCGAACCAAUUGCUUCCACGUCUUCGCCGGCGGUUGAACCUAUCCCGUCUACGUCGAAACAUUCGAAAGAACCCACCCCAUCGUCUUCCCGCCACACGACCAAUGGUCCUUCAACGUCUGCCGCCCGGCACACGCAUGAGCCAACUCCUUCCACGUCGUCCAAACACACAAAAGAACCGACUCCUUCGACGUCCCGGCACACGAACGGUCCUGUAGCUUCAACGUCUCGCCAUACGGCUGAGCCUACGCCUUCCACGUCGCGACAAUCGUACGAAUCUGCCACUCCAUCAACCUCAAAACACCGAGAUUCGGUGACGGAGCCGGAAAGGAACCGACCGGUGAUCGAUGACAAGGUGAAAAAGCCGCUACAGCAGAAGCAGCCGGAAGAAGAGCCAAAUAGGUUAAAGAACCGACGGCAUUCGGUCGCUAACUGGACCGAGAUCGGCCCUCACAGGCCUAGCGGCACGAUCGAGAUAGCGAUGCCGGAAAAGCCAAAGCCACCGUCGAAGGAGGUUGCGGCGGGUCCGCUGUGGAUGCAGCAGGCCGCCAAACCGGCAGUCGCAGGGGAAAACAGCUCAAGCAAUGCCUCCGCCGCACCGGAAGAAUCAACGGCAGCGAGCGCACCCAAGUCCAACUUGAAACGCCGCGGUUCGGUUUCCUCGGUGGGGGAAGUGCAGGCCAUGAUACAAAAGAAGCUGAAACGACGAUACAGUGUGUCCGAUCGUAAUGUGUUCGAUUUUCAACCAGUCAAAGUGUCCAAAGAUCAAAAGGAGCAGCGCAAAUCGAGGCUGAUGCAGAUCAACGAGAAAAAGAAGCAGCAGGAAAGGCAGGGUCCGGUGAUGCUGUUCGAGCCGCAACCGCUCGGCCGCAAGACGGGCACGACCAAGCCGAAGGUAAAGUUUACGCCCAACAAUCGCGGCUCGUUUCUUACCGCGCCCGUACCGCUGCCGUCGACGUCACGGGCACCCUCCACUUCGCGUCCGGCGGCGACCGACGAGAGUAUUGUCUGCACACAGUCGACCACGCUGGAGCAGCUGCCGACUGCGAACGGCGUAGAGGAGGAAGUGAUCGACAUGCGGCCGAAAAAGCUUACAUUCCAGAGUGUGGCACGCGUCAGCAAUGUGGAUCGGCCGGUGCCGAGUGGUAGCGGUUUGAACAAGCAACCGUUGGCAACGUCCUCCAAUCGGCCUACCAAUAUGGAACCACCGCCGCCAGUAACGCUUGCGAAACCGCAACACCCGAGUACGUCCGGUGGUAUCAGCAAUAGCAGUAGUAACAGCCAUAGUAGCAGCACAACGACCACCACUUCCACCUCAUCCUCCAACUCAGCUAGCUCUUCACAUACAGCUACAACUUCUGCUACCACGGCUGCUCCUACCGCCAGCACUUCCCAGAGGGUUCUACCACCACAGGUAAAGAUUCGCAAGAAGCAACCGCUGCAGGGUAUACUAAAAUCGUAUGAUAAGCCAAACGGCGAAAAUCCAGCGCCCAAAAAGAGCGUUACAAUAAGGCUGGAACUCAACAAGACACGGUACAUUGAGAAUUGUUUAGAUAAGUCAGAAAGCCCACCGCCGGAAAAGGAGCUGCCGGAGCCGAAACUGCCCCAGAAAGAGAUCCAGGAGCAGAUCCUCUGGCAGGAGCUCGAUCUGCUGGCGGAGGUGCUCGAGUGGCCCACCAAGUGGCUGCAGCAGCAGGAGUCGGAACUGCUCGCGAACGGACCGUUCGCGUCGGAGGGCAAGCUGCUGCCCAAGUUGGAUAACUACGAUUCGUACGAAUCGUUCCGCAACUUCCAUCUGCCGUUUCUGAAGCGUGAACUUUGGCAGGAGAUCUAUACCUGCGCGAAGGUGGCCAAAUCCUUUCUGACCCUGCACGACGUGACGGUGGGCAAAGCGGAGCACGUGGAGCUGUGCAAACUCUUCUGCAAAGUACGUAUCAACACGCAUGGCAAGGACUUCUUUCCGCUGUUUGACUUUGGCAUCGUGGAGUACCAUUCGCUGCUCGGCCAUAGAACCAGCCUGUUCGUGUCGGUGCGCGCCCAAAACAAGGACGACAGCGUGCCGCUGCGGGACAGUAACGGCGUGCAGCAGCAGCCGGGCAUAGCGUUCGUGCUCACGCUGUACGCGGCGGGCCGGGAGCUGGAGGGGCUGCGCUCGGGGCGCAACUUCGUGUACCGGCCGCUGGCCCGGGUGCACCUGUACAUGCGCCGCUGCAACGCGAUCUCGCUGCUGGAACAUUCGCCCCUGCUGCCGAACAUUAUCUGCCCGGACACUAACAGGGCGAAGCUGGAGGAGAUUGGCAGGCGGCUGCUGCAGCAGCCGGAAAUGCGCACGAACGUGGCGCGCCACAUGGAGGCGGGCGCGCUGAACCCGGGCCAGAUGGAGAUCGUGUCGUCGGUGCUGGACGAGUGCCAGUGCUGGGAGGAGCCGACGAUUUCGCUCAUCCAGGGCCCGCCCGGCACGGGGAAGUCGCGCGUGAUCGGGAACCUCGUGCUGGAGCUUAUGCGCCUCGGGCACAAGAGCAAGGAGCGAAUGCGGGUGCUUGUGUGCGCUUCCUCCAAUACGGCGGUGGAUGUGAUUGUGAAGAAUCUGAUGAAGCUGCAACAGCGCAAAGCUGCAAACGAGCGGUUCAAGCUGGUACGCACGGGCACUAGAAGCAAGGUCGACCAGGAGUGCGCCCCGGUGUUUAUAGACAAGCUGGUUCAGGAGGAAGUGAAUCGGCAAAAUCGGGUGCCAGAUGCAAGGAAAAACGAUGGCUCGCUCCAGAACAUAGAGCGGGAGCGCAAUGUGUUGGCAAACCGAAUCAAGAUGGCACAGGCCGAGCUGUCGUCCGGCCGGUCCGUCAACAUGGAGAUGUUGAAGGUGAUGAAGCGGAAGCUGCACAGCUUGGAGGAGGUGCUGAAUCCGGGCGGCACGUCGUCCGCUUCCGCCACCACCGACGGGCGCAAGAAGCAGGAAAUCAAGGCCCGCAUCUGCAUCCUGCAGGGGGCCGACAUCGUGUGCACCACGCUCGGCAGCUGCUCGACGCUCGCAUCGUACUGCACCAACCUCCGGUUUAGCGUGUGCAUCAUCGACGAAGCGACCCAGUGCACGGAGCUGUGCUCGCUGCUCCCGCUGCAGUACCACCUGUCGAAGAUGGUGCUGGUCGGGGACAUCAACCAGCUGCCGGCGACCGUACUCGACCAGCAGUGCAUCGAUGCCGGCUUCCGGGCGUCGCUGUUCUCGCGCCUCUACCAAUCGUACGCGGGCGCGGGCGGCCAGCCCCCGGAGGAUGGGCUGAAGAUGCUGAAAACGCAGUACCGGAUGCAUCCGAAGAUUUGCCACUGGCCGAACCGGUACUUCUACGGCGGGCAGCUAAAGAAUGCCACCUGCACCGAGGCGAUGCGCAAGACGAUCCCGCUCAAGCCGUACAUGGUGAUCAGUCUAAGCUACGACCAGGAGCUGACGCAGGCACAGUACGAAAUCUACAACAAGGACGAGAUACUGUUCGUGGUCGAGCUGAUGAAGCAGGUGGUGCGGUGCUGCGACAAGCACGCGUCCUUCGCGAUCAUCACGCCGUACGCGCGGCACAAGGAGGAGAUGAUCCAGAGCCUGCGCAGCACGCAGCUGAAGCGGGUGGAGGUGCACUCGAUCGAUUCGGUGCAAGGGAAGGAGUUUGACGUGGUCAUCAUCUCGCUGGCCCGGUCGAACGGGGCCGGCUUUCUCAACAACCCGGAGCGUAUCAAUGUGGCCCUGACGCGUGCGCGCCAGUGUCUCGUGCUGUGCGGUAACUUUGCCAGUUUGAAGCAUAAAACGGUUUGGUCAUCGUUGCUGGAGGAUGCCGAAAAACGAAAGGUGUACUACCAUCUUGAGGAGCACGACGCGCAAGUGGACGGGCAGCAGAUGGUGAAAAACAUCAUGGAGCGGUUGCGCAUGACUUAAGUUUAAGCGGCAAUGAGUUUUACUUUUGCAUUUUGCGGAAAAGUCGACAUUAAGCAUACAAAGGAACAUUUUCCUGGUUUAAAAAUCUC